AUGUCGGCCCCGUUCCUCCAGACUGUGAUUGACAGCGCAACCAGCUCUCAGGCCCAAGCCUUCACCCUGAGCGAGCCGCCGUUUCGGAUUGUGCAUGUGAACGCUGCGUGGUGCCGCCUCUGCGGCUACGCCGCCAACGAGGCGGUGGGCAAGACGUUCAAACUGCUGCAGGGGGCCGCGACGGACCGGCAGGUGCUGAAUGAGCUGCACGCUGCGCUCGCGCAGCAGCGGCCCGCGCGCGUCCGUCUCGUCAACUACAAGAAGGACCAGUCCGCGUUUGAGAAUGACCUGACCGUCACGCCCCUCACCGACGAGAUGGGCGCAGUCUCGCACUUCCUCGGAGUGCUGCGCGAUGCGAGGGACGGCGGCCCGUCGGAGGCACAGGGCGUCGCGCCCAACGCCGCCAUCGCCGAUUACGCCGUCGCCGCUGCGUUUGUCGCCUCGAUGCAGCCUGGCGCGGGCUGCGGCUACGCCGCGCCGACGGUGCAAGGCACGGUGCAAGGCACGGUGCAAGGCACGGUGCAAGGCACGGUGCAAGGCACGUGCAGCUCGACGUGCGGCACGUCCCAGGGCCCCGUCCCGCAGGACAUGCUGCUCUCGCGCGAGCAGUUCCCCCUGUACACCCUCCACAACCACCCCAUCGCGCCGGUGCUGCUCCGCAUGCUGCAGGCGCAGCCCCCCCGCACUGACCUGCAUGUGGCGGGCGCGGCUUCGCAGAGCGGUGGCCUCGGGGCGUCGUGA